AUUAUGUUUGAUUUUAUCCAGAUUUCGGGAGGGUUCCUCAGACAGAACUGCAAGUGACCAUGCUGGAUUUCGUGUGAAUUCUUUAUAUUUUCGGUGAUGGAGAUUUUUAUUAUGGACUAUUAAGCUUUUGUCUCCCUUCGCUGUGGAGAGCAAAACAAAGACUGCACAUUACUGUUCCGCGUACAUCAACUGCCUUCGAUGUGAAAUAUGAAAAAGCAGGCAUUGACCGAGGACAUUGUGUCUCUAAACGAAUUGUUCUCUUGUCAUUAGUCUACCAGGACGAUACUCACGAAGAGGAUGCGCGAUCUUUUUUCAUAACGUUGGUGGGUGGGUUAUAAUAAGCAUUGAAAAUCUGACAUCAUUUGGAUAUAUGAACAAAACAUUUUUUUCCCCCGCGUAUGUUCCAGUCAUCGUCGGUUUUAUUUGUGAUCUGGAUAUCCAUCUUCGACGUGAUGCUACAUGAAAUCGCCUUUUAUUAUCAUCAGAGGAUGUUACACGGGGACAAAAUCCAGAACACAUCCUCCUCCUUCGCUAUCUGAAACCGAGAAAAGGGAGGCUGUGAAUAUUGGUCUACCUUCACAGAGACCCCACAGCAUCCAUAACCUAGAUAUCUCUGUUUGGUGAUCAGCUGUGGAUGAUCAGAUAUCCCUGUAAUGCGUUAGGUUUAGUAUAGCCCUGUGCCGUGGAGGAGGAUUUAUGGAUAACAGGUGUUGUUUUGGCUUGACAGCACACCGAGAGCAUGAGGCUGAAACACAGCUUUUCUCCUAACUCGAACAACAUCGGACCGAGGCGUUGGGGAUCAUUUGUUACUGUUUGGAACCGUUCAUUUGACCAAAUAAAGGGAUGAGAGGUGGUGAGGUCCUGGCCGUAGAGGAACCAUGAGCCUGGUCUUAGAGUAGCUCCUCUCAGCCCCACCUUGCGAGACGAGAGAGCGAGAGCCUUGGGAGAGCCACCAGCGGCUGUAGGAGGAGUGGUGGUGUUUAACAGGGGCUCUUCCUCGCCACCGCAGCUCCGGUGGUGUAUCGGGUCACCAUGGCUAACCAGAGCUUCGCCAUCGACGGCCCUGGUAGCCUUCUGGCGGUGUUGGCCUCGCAGAGCCAGGCCAAAGGAGGCGGCAGCACUGGCGGCGGCGGGGGCGGCAGCGGCGGCGGAGGGAUCUCGGCCUCGGACGUCUCUGCUUACUUUAAGCUGAUCUUCCUGGGGUUGAUCAUCUGCGUCAGCCUGGCGGGGAACCUGCUGGUGUCACUGCUGGUCCUGCGCGACCGGGCGCUGCACAAGGCCCCCUACUUCUUCCUGCUGGACCUGUGCCUGGCCGACGCAGUCCGCUCCGCCGCCUGCUUCCCCUUCGUCCUGGUGUCGGUCCACAACAGCUCCGCCUGGACCUACAGUGCCUUGAGUUGUAAAGUGGUGGCGUUCAUGGCCGUGUUGUUCUGCUUUCACGCCGCCUUCAUGCUGUUCUGUGUGGCCGUCACCCGCUACCUGGCCAUCGCCCACCACCGCUUCUAUGCCAAGCGCAUGACCAUCUGGACCUGUGCGGCCAUCAUUUGCAUGGUCUGGACACUGGCCAUCGCCAUGGCUUUCCCGCCCGUGUUCGACGUGGGGACGUACAAGUUCAUCCAGGACGAGGACCAGUGCAUCUUUGAGCACCGCUACCUGAAGACCAACGACACGCUGGGCUUCAUGCUCAUGCUGGCCGUGGUGGUGCUGGCCACCCACGGCUUCUACGCCAAGCUGCUGCUCUUUGAGUAUCGGCACCGCAAGAUGAAACCCGUUCAGCUGGUGCCAGCCAUCAGCCAGAACUGGACCUUCCACGGCCCCGGGGCCACCGGCCAGGCCGCAGCCAACUGGAUCGCCGGGUUCGGCAGGGGCCCCAUGCCGCCCACUCUGCUUGGCAUCAGGCAGAAUUUACACAAUCAACAUCGACGCCUGCUGGGGAUGGAGGAGGUGAGGUCAGAGAGGAGGCUGGGCAGGAUGUUCUACACCAUCACCUUGCUGUUCCUGGUGCUCUGGGCUCCCUACAUCGUGGCCUGCUUUUGGAGGGUGUUUGUCACGUCCUGGGCCAUCCCACACAGGUACCUCUCCAUCACCGUGUGGAUGAGCUUCGCCCAGGCCGGCGUCAACCCCAUCUUCUGCAUCCUGCUCAACGAGGACCUGAGGAAGGUGCUGAGAGCGAACCUGCCCACCUAUUGGAGGACUAAACAAAAUCUGCCUCAGGAUGAGGCCUACUGCAUCAUGUGA